AUGGCGAAAUUGACAGCCGAGCACAUCAAUGUGGUUUCCAUACGAGCUUAUUAUGACACUAAAACAUCUACCAACACAACGGAGAUGGCUAACCUCUUGAAGUAUGAAAGUCAACAUUUUCGCUGCAAGGCGCAAUUGGAAAUACCGGAAUGCGUGGCCGACAGGUGCUGGAGUAUCGGCCUGGUGCAGGCUUGCGAUAGAAUGUACCUGGAGAAUCGGUACGGCAACAACGGUAGCUCGUUUUGGGAGUUCCAUCCGUUGAAAAGUGGCCGACACAAGAUGGUGAAUGACAGUGACGGAAGACAAUACCCUUUCUACAGCUUGACCAGCAGCAAAUUCGAAAUCCGCAGGGGCGUCAUAUCCGACUGUCUUGUGUCACUGACCUACGAAGACCAUUUCUACCCCACCGUGGCCUGGGAGCUGCCUUACUAUGGAGGCGCUAAGCUGACCGAUGUGAUUCGGAAGCAGGAUUUCUGGGUGUGGCUGGUGGCAAUCAAGAGGGCGACUUCACGAUCAACUUCGUGCGAGGUCUUCAACGCGAAGCACGACGAAGUGACCAUCCUAAAGACGAUGCGCUGGCGCUACAGCCUUCACAUGACCUUCGAUCCAUACCAGCCAGUCGGUCGCCGGCUACAGCGAGUCUACGACGUCCAAGAGGAGCAGCCGAUCAUCCUGGAGACAAAUAAGCCGUUGCCUUUGUCCGCACUUAGCCCGCCACAUUGCAACGCGGCGCAAUCCCUUAUCUGGUACCCCAACAAUCCGAACGAUAAGCCAAAGCUGCUUGUGCCACCCAAACAAAUCAUUGUGCCCUGGGAAAUUUGGGCUAGUGAUAUGGCUCCAGGCCGGCAUCUGAGCACCAAAAAGCCGGAGCAAUGCAAGCUAGUAGGUGAAUGGACGCAGGAUGCCGAGAUCGGAGUCGAAGUCAGUCAAGUGGACUCGAUUCGCGGAGGCCGGUUGUGUAAGCCAUCAUCGGUCACGGACAUAUUGGCUCUUCCGACCGGCAGUUCAAAGAGCGGACGUUUUCCAAGCCGGUCUAGAGGCUAG